AGACAACUCAUGUCUUACAUAUAACCACACAGCGAGGCGCCCUGUGAUUGGUGGAUAAAGAAAAGGGGGCGUGGAUAUAAUCACGUGUAUGUGCUCAAGCUGGAGCAGCUAAUUUCACCUGCGCAGACUGACCAGAGCAAAACACACUGACCCAGUUACAGAAGGGCAGCAGCAGAAAUCUCCCUCUGGAACAUCCUCUGAAGUGGAGAUGAAGCAGAACCACCCAGUUCCAGCUUUUCUCAGCAAACUCUGGACACUUGUUGAUGAUUACUGCACGAAUGACCUGGUCAGCUGGAGCGAGGAUGGCUGCAGUUUCCUGGUGCUGGAUGAGCAGCGCUUCAGUAAAGAGCUCCUGCCGCUUUACUACAAACACAGCAACAUGACCAGCUUCAUACGCCAGCUCAACAUGUACGGCUUCCACAAGGUGGUGCCGGUGGACUCAGGCCUGCUGAAGGACGACAGCCGGGGCGACUUUGUGGAGUUUCAGCACGAACAUUUCUGUAGAGAUCAGCCACACCUGCUCAGCCUCAUCCGCAGGAAGGUGUCAGUAAGCCGUGGACUGGACGACAGCGGGCAGAUCUCGCAGGUUCUGGUCGAGAUCAGUCACAUCCGAGGCUGGCAGGACUCGUUUGACUUUAAGCUGAUGGCUCUGUGCAGGGAUAACGAGAGUUUAUGGCGAGAAGUGAACUCCCUCCAGCAGAAACACCAGGAGCAGCACAAAAUCAUCCGCAAGAUAAUGCAGUUCAUCAUCAACACGGUCCAGUCGAAUGGGAUUAAAGGCCUGAAGAGGAAACUUCCGAUGAUUGACAGCUCUGAGGUGACCCACUCAGCUCCAAAGUACAGCAGAUCAUCCGAUUCGACUGUGGAUUCAAACCUGAGCUCAACCUCAGUUCAGGGUGCUCCCUCUCUGGAGGAAAUACCUGCUACUCGAUUUGUGUCGUCUCGGCGUUUAGAGAUUGUUAACCUCAGUCUGGGUUUGUUACGGCAGCUGGAGUCGCUGUCUGCUGACGUUUAUUCCAACGGCAUGAUCGUCUCUGACAUCACACACCUGCUGGAGCCCCUAACUGAGCAGGACAGUGGCCCAGCAGCAGAGAGCGCCCCCUGCUGUUCGUCCGCUCCUCUCUCCCCAGCCCUCUCCUCUGUAGAUCUGGUUCUGUCUCUGCUGGAUGAUCCUGCAGCUCCAGAGACAGAAGAGCAGCUUCCAGAGAGGAGUGAGUUGGCGGAUCCAUUAUCUCUGAUUGAUUCGAGUCUGGCUGCCAUUCAGGAAUCUUCGCUGCCCCCCAGCCUGGACAUCCUCUCUGAGCUCUUCAGACCGACCAGCUGCAGCUCGGAAGCUCUCACGCUGAAGAGGAAACGAGACGCAAAGAGGGGAGCGAACACUCUCACACACACUUACACAGUUGCGGCUGUGAGGCCUCAGCAGCUGCAGGAAGUGAGUUUCGGAGGAGGAGAUGUGGAGGAAGCUGAGUUUUUACCCUCGCUGCUUCAGCUGGCUGAGGAAGCGUCCGUCCCUCUACACACAGACGCACUCGUGGUGUGAAACCACACAAUAACACACACAUACACACACACACACACACACACACACACACACACACACACACACACUCUGCAGGCUGAUGCUGGAGGUCUGAGAUCAGCGAUCCUCUCCACACGGUUAUUAACACAGACACUACAGACUCCUGAACACUGUCAGCACUUAACUUCAUUCAGACCUGAGUGUUCACUGCAGAGAUUCCAAGCAUGAUAGGUAUGUACAGUGCAGGGUACGUGGAAUCUGGAUUAUGUCCACCGGAUUAUGUAAUCUGGAUUAUGUUAUUUGGAUUACGUAAUUGGGAUCAUGUUAUCUGGAUAUUUUCUGUAUUGUUAUCUGGAUUAUGUGAUCUGGAUUAUGUCAACCAGAUUAUGUAAUCUGGAUCAUAUUAUCUGGAUUGGGGCAGUCGUGGGCCGGAAGGUCACCGGUUCGAUCCCCUGAGCCAAUAGUACGUGACUGAAGUGCCCUUGAGCAAGACACCUAACCCCCAACUGCUCCCUGGGCACCGUGGAUAGGGCUGCCCACCGCUCCGGGCAAGUGGGCUCACUGCCCCUAGUGUGUGUGUUCACUAGUGUGUAUGUGGUGUUUCACUGCACAGAUGGGUUAAAUGUGGAGGUGAAAUUUCCCCAUUGUGGGACUAAUAAGGGUCACUUAAUCUUAAUCUUGUUAUCUGGUUUAUGUUCUCUGGAUCAGGUUAUCUGGAUUAUGUUACCUGGAUUAUGUAAUCUGGAUCAUUUUAUCUGGAUUAUGCUGUCCAGAUUUUGCAGACUGCAUUAGUUAAUCUGAUUAUAAAAAUCAAGCAUUUGUAAUUAGAGUAGGACACUAAUUUGAUACACAAUCAGGUUACAGUAAAGAGUUUGUUACUGAUAAUAUUUGUUAUCCUUACCAGAUUAUAUUUCUCAAAUAUCUCAAAUUCCCAGCACUGUGCAUGUAAUCCAGCACCUGUCAGCUUUACUCACCUGUCAAGGUUUAAUCCAGAGAGCUAAAACUGAAUGUAUAUUCAUGUAUAUGUGUAUCUAUACAUUAGCGAAAGUAAAGGUUUAUUUUUGGUAUGCUUUACUUAUGAAGCACUUUUAUAAAAACACAGCAUUAUUAAUAAAAAUAAUAAUAAAUACCAGGCUGUAUAAAUCAUGCAUGCUUAAUAGCUUUAUUUAGCUCAUUUGCUAAGUGCUGCUCUCUUUAAAGGAAAGUGCUAAGGUUGCUAACAGUGGAUGUAAACAGUAAUAGCUCUAGUUAGCAUGUUGUUUUCAUAAUGCUAAUUACUGAUUGUUUUGAUGUACUGUCAGUGAUUUACUGUUAGCGUUAUUGAGUGAAAUAUUCCUUUAAAGCAAGAAUCUAUAAUCUAGACGUAUUAUCGUUACAGUGGUGCAGUGUGCAUGUUACACACUGUACUGACAGUGUUCAGUGAGAAAAGCAUGUUUAAGUCAUAUUUACUGGAACGGGGGUUGUGCGUGUAACGGGAUCUGCAGAUGUUUGGAGCAUUAAACUUUGGCCUUCAGAUGGACUUCAGCUUGUUUUUCUCCACUGAUUGUGUUUUGUACAAAUACAUGGAGCAUUAAACUUUGGCCUUCAGGUGGAUUUUAGCUUUUUAUUUUCCUCCACUGACUGCAUUUGUUCAGCUGAUUAGAUACAUACAGUAAAGAUAAUAUGAGAAAUGUUGAAGAUUUUCCCCUGAAAUAACGUACAACUGUUAAACUGUAAAAACUGUAUAAUAUCUGAAACAGUCCUUCUGUUUAUUGUGUAUAUUUUCUGAUUUGUAACUUUGUUUUGGUGUUUAAAGCAGGUUGUGGACUGAAAAACAGAAUAAAAGUGAUUUGAAACAA